CUCGGAGAAUGAGAAGUCGAGGAAGAAUACUAAGAAUUCUUCAUCUGUUAAACGCAACACUUAUGCGACAAAUGUUUGGAAAAAAGUUAAAAUGAAGUUGGACGGCAGAGACCCGGAUCAGAACAAGAAGUAUAGUGUCAUCGAUCAGGUAAACCAUGUGGUGAAGGAAGCCAUGGACGUCGAGAACUUGGCGCACAUGUAUGAAGGCUGGACCAGAAUAAAUCUGGUUUUCACUACAAAACGAUUAAACGACCAAAGCAUCCAAACAACUGGUGCCCGACCUAUGGGUGCCAUCAAACGACUCGACAACUGA